AUGUAUAAGAAUCAGUUGCAAGAGCUUGCACAAAGAAGCUGUUUCAAUCUCCCAUCAUAUACUUGCACAAGAGAAGGACCAGAUCAUGCUCCAAGAUUCAAAGCUUGUGUAAACUUCAAUGGUGAGAUAUUUGAAAGUCCCACUUAUUGUUCAACUCUCAGACAAGCUGAGCAUUCAGCUGCUGAAGUUGCUCUUAUUGCUCUAUCUUCGAAGGGACCUUCAAAGUCUCUAACUGCUAGAGUUCUUGAUGAGACUGGGAUCUACAAGAAUCUGCUUCAAGAGACAGCACAUAGAGCUGGUCUUGAUCUACCGGUUUACACAAGUGUGAGAUCAGGACCUGGACACAUCCCAACAUUCUCUUGUACUGUGGAGCUUGCUGGUAUGAGUUUCAAUGGAGAAUCAGCAAAGACUAAGAAACAAGCUGAGAAGAAUGCAGCCAUUGCAGCUUGGUUCUCCUUGAGACAAAUGCGAAGCUUGGAUUCUCAUGGAGAGAAAAAAGGUGAAGAGAAAGAACAAGAGACCCAAAGAAGUGAGAAGAAGAGAACCAAACCAAUCAAGAAGAACAAUUCAUCAGAACACAACAACCACAAGAGACUUGUUCUGUGA